AUCUGCUAUUUCCCAAGCCACACUUAAGGUUGGAUCUAUAAUUAGCAAGAGGCCUUGGGUAGUAUAUUAGCCCCCGGAGAACAGGUCACUACGCGGCUUCACACAAUCUUCACUUCUUGUGCUUCUUAGGCUUCACACAUACCGUCUCGACAUGUCACCCAAGAAGGCCAAGAGGAGGGCAGGAGGAGGAGAGGGUUCCUCCAAUGUGUUCUCCAUGUUUGAGCAGAGCCAGAUUCAGGAGUACAAGGAGGCUUUCACAAUCAUUGACCAGAACAGAGACGGUAUCAUCAGCAAAGACGACCUUAGGGACGUGUUGGCCUCACUGGGCCAGUUGAAUGUGAAGAAUGAGGAGCUGGAGGCCAUGAUCAAGGAGGCCAGCGGCCCAAUCAACUUCACCGUUUUCCUGACCAUGUUUGGAGAGAAGCUGAAGGGUGCUGACCCUGAGGACGUCAUCGUUUCUGCCUUCAAGGUGCUUGACCCUGAGGCCACUGGCACCAUCAAGAAGGAAUUCCUUGAGGAGCUUCUGACCACUCAGUGCGACAGGUUCUCCGCAGAGGAGAUGAAGAAUCUGUUUGCCGCCUUCCCCCCAGAUGUGGCUGGCAAUGUUGACUACAAGAACAUUUGCUACGUCAUCACACACGGAGAGGAGAAGGAGGAGUAAAAGACAGAGGAGAAAAUAAAAAUAAAAAAGAGAUGAAAGUGCAUCUAAAGCCGCUUUACUCUCCCAGUCUGCUUUUUGUCCUCCUUUUCUUACUUUGUGUUUCUUCCUCCCUUUCUUCUUUCCAUCCAUCUUUGUUACUCUUAAGCACUUACUCUCUCUAUCUCUCCUCAAUUCUGUUCAUAUUCAAAAACAAAGACUCAUUUAGACUUAACCAGGAGGGUGGAGAAGCACAUGACCACAGAGUCUGUCAGUGGGGACAUGGGAUUGUUUUCAAUAAAAUGAUCUUUUAACAACAUUUCCAUAUCGCUCACAUACUCUCUCUUUCUCUGUUUCUCAUUACUCACACCACCUCUCAUUUUUCACGUUUCCAUCGCUGUCAAAAUCAUGCAUGAAUGUUGUAUCAUCUACUUCUGUUGCCUUGAGGGUUGAAAUGAAGAUGUCUCUCACUAUUUUCUGCUUUUGGCUGAAGCAGCUCUCAAUCUAGAUCAGGAAGGGUGUUGUGAGCCCACUCUAGGGAAACAGAAAAAGUGAUCUUGAUCUAUAAUAGAGGAAACUUUCAUCAGUCUCAUAUUCUUCCCCUGCCAGUUGACUAACAGUGAAAAAAAUUACCAAAUGAGGUUUUUACUGAGAGAGCUUUGUCUCCUAAAAGUGAUGUCAUUCCCAUUUAGACCAUACGAGGAAGAGAGGAGAAUGGGGACUGAACGAAAACAUAUCCUCCUCACUCCCCCUCUCCCCUCCCCUUAACUUUAGCUCUAUGUCUUUUUUAAUCUACCCACUCUUUUGCUUUCUGCAUCUGGGUCUGCUUUGCUCUACCAGAUACUCUUCUGUAACCAAUAAAAAGACACAAACUAUGAAUAAAACAUC